AUGAAAAAGAUAAUGAAGAAAGAGAUUUUGAAAAGUUUGGUGGAUACAGCGGAAUACGAAUACAUGGAGCUGUCCAACGGCAUAAGGGCGAUUGUUGCAUCGGAUCCUGCUCUUGACAAGUGCAGCUGUGCAGUGUCUGUUAAGGUUGGGUCGUUUAGCGAUCCUGAGUAUGCUCAAGGGCUUGCACACUUCCUGGAGCACAUGCUGUUUAUGGGGACUGAGGAAUAUCCUGGGGAAGACGAGUUUGAUUGUUUUCUGAACCAGAACAAUGGAUCAUUCAAUGCGAUUACGUGGGGAGAGGUGACUGAGUAUUUUUUUGACAUAUCGCCAAAUGCGUUUGAGGAGGGAGUAUACAGGCUUGCGGACUUUUUCAAAGCGCCUCUGCUGCGCCAAGAUGCAGUAGAAAGGGAGGUAUCUGCAGUGAAUGCGGAGUUUAUGAAUGGGCUGAAUAGAGAUGUAUGGAGGAUACAGAGGAUGAUUGAAAGGCUCAGCAAUGAUGAAGAGCCAUUGAAGAACUUCAGUGUUGGAAACUAUGACACACUGAGACAUGAAGGGAUAUGGGAGGAGGCAAGGGCGUUCUGGGCAAAGCAUUAUAGCAGUGAGAAGAUAUGUGUGGUGAUGUAUGGAAACCAGAGCAUUGGCGAGAUGACGAGGUAUCUGAGCAGGUUUGAGGGAGUGCAAAGAAGAACAAUAUCUGAGGCAUCUGGUAGCACGAAAGAACCGAGCAUUAAGCAGGAAGAGAAGAGGAGUGUGUUUAAGGACGAGUAUUUGAACAGAUGGAUCAAGAUACAGCCGGUGGCAGAUGUGAAGAAGGUCAUGGUGACAAUUACGGUUCCGUCUGGAUACAAGAUGUUUAGGAAGAAUCCGUAUGGAUAUGUGCUAGGGAUGCUUGAGAGGAGCGAUGAGAGAGGAUUUGUUUGCGGAGUGAAGGACCGGGGGCUUGUGCUGUCUGUAGAUGUGGAGGUGCAGGACUAUAGUGAUUAUUCUCUGUUUGUGGUUAGUAUGUUUGUGUCUGAGGAGGGCGGAAGGAGAAUGAAGGAAGUGCUGGAGGGUUUUGUGCAGUAUCUGAAGGGGAUGAAAGUGAGCGAAGAAGAGUACGAGGAGCUGAGGAGGAGGAACGAGAGGGUGUUUAGGUACAGCGAAAGGCAGGAAAUGACUGAUCAGGUAAGCAAUCUUGUGAGGAGCAUGCAAUUUUAUCCGGUUGAGAAUGCUUUGAACAAUGGAUACUGCUUUGAAGGGUUUGACGAAGAAGAGAUACGAGGAGUGGUUUUGAGGAUGUGUGAUGUUUCUCAGUGGCUAGUGUUUGAUGUGCAGAAGGAUGAAGAAGAGAAGUAUAGGGAGACUGAAGAAAUAUAUGGAAUAAAAUACGAUGUGGGAGAGCAGGUAUUUGCAGAAUUGGCGUAUGUGAUAAACACGGUGCAGGCUGAUGCAGAUGAAUGUGUUGUUAGGUUGGAUGAUGUCAGAGUGAUGGGCAUGGAUGGAGAUGGAUAUAAGGAGAUGAAGCAGGUUGAAAGAGACAACGGAAAGCUUGUGUACUUGUUUGAUGAGUCAUACAGGGUUCCAAAGGUGUUCGUUGGAUGUAUGCUGAAGUUUGGAUAUGAAAGGAAGGAUGUGGUGAAUCUUAUGUUUUUAGUUAAUAAGGCACAGGAUGUGUUUUUCAAGAAGUAUGGGAAGCUGGUAUAUGCGACGGAUGCCAGCAUUGAUGCGCACGUGUGCCUGGAGGGAAUAGAAGUGGUGGUGGAGGGAUUUACUGAUGUAGUGAAGAGUGUGCUGGAGGUAUUUUUUGAUGUUUUAUUUGAGGAGGAGAGUGAAUGCAGAAGCGGGAUGAUAACGGAGGACAUGAUGAAUAUGCUGGAGAAUGAAAGAACCAAGAGUCCGUAUGCAUUGUGUAUGCAUGGCCUGAUGACGAUGAAGGUUGAUGGAUACAUGCUUCCUGAGGAGAAGAUGAGGAUGGUGAAGGAGAUUGAUGUGAAGACAGUAAUGCCAAGAAGAUUUUUUGCAGAUAUUGUUGUGAUUGGGAAUGCAGGGCAUGAAUGGGCUGUUGAUGUGUUUGAAAGAGUUUGCUUGAGGCAGCAAGGAGAAUGUGCAAAUGGCGAUAUUAGAUUAGUCGAUUUGAGCAGGGUAUGCAGCAUGAAUACGAAUGAUUGUAGGAACAAUGCAUGUGCGGUAUAUUUGUAUGGAGGCAAGUAUGCAAACAGUAAUGAAACUGCGGUUGCCAACUUUGUGCAGCAUGCAUGCAAGGGGAUGUUUUUUGAUCAGUUGCGGACCAAAGAGGAGCUUGGAUAUAUUGUGUGCUGUAGGAUGGCGUAUGUUGAAUACGAGCAGUAUAUAUCGUUUGUAGUGCAGAGUGAGAGGGAUGUGGAGUACUUGGAGGGCAGGAUCAAGAAGUUUAUUGGGGGCUUAAAUGAGUAUUUUGCAGAGAUGGGAGACGAAGAGUUUGAUAAGUUUAGGAGUGCCGUUGUGAUGCACUUUGAGGAGAAGAAGAAGAACUUUGGGCUGUAUGGAGACGGAAUAUGGACGAAUUAUGGACGAGGAGUAAGUGAUCUUGCGUAUGAGAAGAGGGUUUGCGAGGCAGUGAUGGGUGUUACGAAGCAUGAUCUGAGCAAUAUUGACUGGCUGGAUCACUGUUAUGUGGUACGAGUGUUUGCACACUGA